AUGGAACAAACCCGAGCAAUCAACGCGCUGGCACCUUUCCUGGCCCUGUCAAAGUCGGCCACUUCAGCUCGCGCAGCUGCUGAUCUCGUCACUCAAGCCACCUCGGCCGCCCACACAUAUGUCUUUGGCGAGCUCCUCCAGACGCCAAACAUUCAGAGUCUACGCGACGAUGCCCAAUACCGCAACUACUACACACUGCUCGAGCUGUUCGCCUGGGGCACAUGGGCCGAGUAUCAAGGUACGUUACCACAUCCGCUCCAAUCUCUACCAUGCUUUAGACUGACGUGUUCUGCACAAACAGCUCUCGCAUCAACACUCCCUUCGCUAUCACAAUCCCAAGAACACAAAUUGCGCCAACUCACCCUCCUCACCCUCGCCGCAACUACAACAAACAACAACCCCCUCACAUACACAAACCUCCAAUCCGCACUCUCGCUCGACUCGCCACUGGCCCUCGAACGCCUCGUCACCGACGCCAUCUACGCCGACCUGCUCACCGCCACCCUAAACCCCGCACAAGGCAUCGUCGCUAUCAGCAGUGUAGCCGCCCUCCGCGAUCUCAAUCCCGGCAGCGUGACACGCAUGAUGGCUUCCCUGGACGCUUGGAGCGGCAGAUGCGACGAUGUACUCAAGGACCUCGAAGCCCAGAUGAAGAGUGUAAUGGAAGCCGCAGAGAGAAGGACAAACGAGGAAGCCAUGCGUGCAGAACAGGUCCACAGAGCUGAAGCCAACGGCAAGAAGAGCGAUGACACUGCAGACGAUGCCAUGGAAGUCGAUGACGGCGGCCAGAAAAUGGGAGGCAAGAAGAGAGGUCUGGGCCUGAGAAAGAGAUAG